CCUCACAUCGGGAUGGGUCCUGACGUCACGUAGGGGGCGGGUCGUUGAGUCAGCUAGGUCCUGACGUCACCUAGAGGCGUGUCGUUGAUGUCAGGUGGGUUCUGACGUCAUGGGAGGACAGCGGAACAUAAACAUGAUACCGAACGGAGUCGGAACGGAGCCGUGACGUGCUGGUUCUCGUCCUCCGAGCUCCUGGUCCAACGGGUACACCGGUCUGGACACCAAGACGGGUUAGGCGGGAGGACGAUGUUGACCCCGGGACGGUCCCGACGGGAGGACUGUGUGGACCUCAUGCUCCUCGUCGUCUGUACAGCUGAAACUCCUCGCCCUGUCAGCCAAUCACGGCUCAAAGCUUGCGCAUGCUCACUGAGGGAACGGCGUGUUACUAAAUAAACACAAAUUAACACGAAAAAGCUUCAGUCUGAUCCGAACGACAGGUAUGGAGGGGCAAGCUGGGACUUCGAGACACGGAUACUGUGGCUACUGCAGGCUGGUCUACACUAGACUGGAGCAGGUAGUGGUCUACACUAGACCGGACCAGCAUGUCUCCAGCUCCCGUCACAUGGCCCGGGUGCGUCUGUCCUCCCGAAGCUCCACCCUCAGAGGCUCCGCCCCCAGAGGCUCCACCCUCAGAGGCUCCGCCCCCAGAGGCUCCGCACUCAGCAGCCUGAUGGAGCGUUUCCUGGAGGACGUCCUGCUGCACCACCCGGACCGCUACGCUGGCUCAAGCCCCCCCCAUGCGGACCUCCCCCCGUUUCCAGGGCCCGGCGUCUCCCACGGCGACGGCCAGUCGCUAGGGAGGCGGGACCCCCUCUCAGGCCCCCCAGCGGCCCACCACAGCCAAUCAGAGAGGCUGCUGUUUGGGGAGGCGGUGCUUGAUGGGUCCUUUUCACCAAUCACAGAGCACGACACAAGACAGUCACCUGAAGACACGCCCCUCAAACACCCACCUCGGGAAGACACGCCCCUCCCACACCCACCUCGGGAGGACACGCCCGUCCCACACUCACCUGGGGAAGACAUGCCCCUCCCACACUCACCUGGAGAAGACACGCCCCUCCAACACUCACCUGGGGAAGACAUGCCCCUCCAACACUCACUUGUCUCCGCCCCCUUCUCGGUUCACAGGAAGUGCCACAGGAAGACUGAGCGCAGGAGAAAACCUUCCUCCUCCUCUUCCUCAUUCUACGCCCCACAGCCUGGCCCCUCCCCCCUACCGGGCCCCUCCCCCCUCCUCUCCAAGGGGACUGGCUGUGGUCCCCCCGGCCCCCCCCCCCUCCUCACCAGGGGGUCUGGCUGUAGUUCCCCCGGCCCCCCCCCCCUCCUCACCAGGGGGUCUGGCUGUAGUUCCCCCGGCCUCCUGCAGGGGGGGACGGAGAGCUUCCACUACAGCUCGUCUGGUUCUCAGAGGACGAGUGCGAGCGACUCCUGGGACACACCUGUGCAGGCGACCUUAGAGAGCAGGGGGCCCUGCCCACCCACCCAGAUGGGCCAAUUGGAGGCCUGGAAGCUGACCUGUCUGACGGAGAGCCAGGUGAGGCUGGAUAACCAGGUGUACGCCCAGCAGCUAGACUCCGCCCUCAGGACCCUCCCGGUGGAGAGGGGGUGGAGCCGACCUCUAGACUCCACCCUCAGGACCCUCCCAGCAGACAGGGAGUUGAGCCGACCUCUAGACUCCGCCCUCAGGACCCUCCCAGCAGACAGGGAGUUGAGCCGACCUCUAGACUCCGCCGACAGGACCCUCCCAGCGGACAGGGGGAGGAGCCGACCUUUAGACUCCGCCCUCAGGACCCUCCCAGCAGACGGUGGGCGUGGCCUACAGGUGGGCUACAGGUGUGUCCCCGUUGAGGAGCUGAGGCCCCGCCCCCGCUACAUCCCAGAGUCCUUCAGGGGGAAGACGCUGGCCCAGGUGCAGUGGGAGGACCAGGAGAAGGUGGAGGCGCUGGUGCAGCAGUUCAGAGGCUCCGCCUUCCUGUGCUACUUCCAGACGGAAGCCCUGGCCAGAUAUGGUGGGAGGAGCCAGGUCGAGGGGAGGCGUGGCCAGGACAAGGAAGUGGAAUCAGAGGAUGCUGCCAAGCUCCUCCCCUUAUUGGAUCACCAUGACGAUGAGGCCCCAGCAUGCACAAGGAGGAGGAGGACGAGGGCGUUCAGAGCGGCGUCACGAUGCCAGGUGGUCAAAGUGAGUCAUGGAACCCAGACUGCCCCAUUGGUCCUCCCAUCUGUCUGUCAGCCAGUCCAGCCCCGCCCCCCCUUGCCUCCAGAGGAGCAGCCAGCCAAUCAGGAGCGGGCCGAGGGCCCGGAGGAGGAGGGGGGGCGGCUUCCCCCCCCCUACUCCGCCCUGCUGGCCCCCCUGCAGCCUGGCGCCCCCCUCCUCCUCCUCCUCGGUCCCCCCGCCCGCCUGGCCCCGCCCCCUGGCUCCGCCCCCCAGGCCACGCCCCCCGGCUCCGCUUCCAGCCGCUGCCGGAGGCGGAGCCGGCCGCUGGAGGCGGCGAGGUCGAAGGUCAGGUACCAGCGCCCCCCGCUGCGCUGGUACGACCCGGUCGCCCGCCGUGUCCUGGGGUCACGACCCUGCACGCCCCGCGGCAACACCGUCGCUAGGCAACUGUUCAGGAGCCUCAGCCCCGACCUCAACGCCCACGGGAGGGGAGGGGGGGCGGGCGGGAGGAGGAGGAGGAGGGGGGGUGGGGAGGAGGGGGUCAAAGGUCAGAGGUCUUCAUCAGACCAGACCCCGACCUUCGGCCGCCUCCCCCUAGGCACGCUCCGAGCGGAUCCCCGCGAGCACAGGACGCCCAGGGGGCGUGGCCGCAGGAAAGGGGGGAGGGGUCAGACCCCAGGGAGGGGGAGGGGCCGAAGGCGGGAGAUCAGGGAUGCUUCGUCCCGCCCCCCCCCCGGGAGGAGAGUCGGGCGGCGGGUUGGAGAACUCAGGAAAGUCCCAGGCUCUGAGGGCCCGCUGGAGGCCUCGGCUCGGAGCCCGAGAGUCCGGAGGAAGACGGGCUGCCCCUGCUGCAGCUAGGGGGCGCUAUUUAGACCAUAUAUAUAUCAUAUCAUGUAUACACUAUAUACAGGUCCUUCUCAAAAAAUUAGCAUAUUGUGAUAAAGUUCAUUCUUUUCCAUAAUGUAAUGAUAAAAAUUAAACUUUCAUAUAUUUUAGAUUCAUUGCACACCAACUGAAAUAUUUCAGGUCUUUUAUUGUUUUAAUACUGAUGAUUUUGGCAUACAGCUCAUGAAAACCCAAAAUUCCUAUCUCAAAAAAUUAGCAUAUCAUGAAAAGGUUCUCUAAACGAGCUAUUAACCUAAUCAUCUGAAUCAACGAAUUAACUCUAAACACCUGCAAAAGAUUCCUGAGGCUUUUAAAAACUCCCAGCCUGGUUCAUUACUCAAAACCGCAAUCAUGGGUAAGACUGCCGACCUGACUGCUGUCC